AUGUCGUCACCGCCACAAUCGAGGCUGACUAUUAUUUUGGUCAACAAUUUGCACUGCCCGUCUUGCACGACAAACGUUAAAGACACCCUUUCGGCUCUCCAGCCACCUCCAUUUUCCAUUUCGACAUCUAUCAUUCGUCACGAGAUCGAAGUCGUGCACCCAGUUACGCUCAGUACCGAUCGCAUCGUGCGCGCUCUCGAGGAUGUUGCCUUCAAAGUUGACUGUGUCAUACCCGAUGCCGGCGAGGGUGCCAAAAAGGCCAACACCGCAGAAUAUUCGAGCAGAAGCUCUCAAAGUAGCACGGCCAUCGCUCCGUCCAAACUACAUAUCUCAAAAUGCGGUGCCUGCCGUGCGCAGUUUGAUGUGUUAUCGGCGACCACGUCUUCUACUGUACGGAAGGGGCCAGUCGCCAACGAGAAGGAGCAUCGUGGUCCACAUGAUCGUCAGACAGAAGAAGAUACUCUCGUGUCGGUUAAGGACGACUACCUCAUCGACUCUCGGGUGCGAGUGACAUUGUCCGUCAGUGGAAUGUCAUGCAGCUCUUGUGUAAGCAAGAUAACUGAAGACUUGCAAAGUCGACCAUGGGUGCAAUCGGCCGACGUGAAUCUCUUAACAAGCAUUGCUGUUGUCACGCUCAUGGAUAAGUCGCAUGUGAAUGAGCUGCUCGAGACGGUCCGGGGAACAGGUUAUUCCCCGGAGAUGAUCGAGUGUCGGGAGACCCGACACAAGCAGCCGUCGAAUCCAUCUGGACUUGGAGAUAGGUGGCGAGCCUCAUAUGUUAUCCAAGGUAUGACCUGUAGCUCAUGCGUCGGGAAGGUGACCGACGCGUUGAAGCAGAACGAGUGGAUCACCACCGUUGAUGUGAACCUCGUCUCUGCCAGCGCGACCGUUGAGCUCUCUGGGAAAGAUCAUCUGCACGAAAUUCCUGGCAUCAUCAGAGACCUGGGUUAUACGGCCACCCUCAGCGAUGUCGAGAAAGCAAUCCCUUCCAGCCAGCCCAGCUCGAAGCGGUCGGUUACCAUCCAGGUGGAGGGAAUGCACUGUCCACAGUGCCCACAGCGGGUUGUCAAAGCCCUUACCACCUACUCGGGCCGGCUGGAAGUGACCGCGCCUCCUAGCACAGCAGACCCUAAGGUUACUGUGAGCUAUCUGCCACACUCGCCAACAUUCACCAUCCGACAUAUCAUGCGCACGAUCGCUGAUAUCGAUAAUGGCUUCACUGUUUCUGUCUACCACCCUCCGAGUCUUGAGGAACGCUCCCAAGCGAUGCAUCGUCGGCAUCAAUGGCAAAUUGCUCGCCGGCUAAUUUUGGCUGUGAUAGUUGCUAUCCCGACUUUCAUCAUCGGGGUGGUGUACAUGUCACUGGUCCCCCAAAAUAACCCCGGUCGGAUGUACCUCGAGCGGCCUAUGUGGGCCGGUGGAGCCUCACGUUCAGAGUGGGCACUUUUCAUCAUGUCAACUCCUGUGUAUUUCUUCGCCGCAGACAUUUUCCACCGCCGCCUGCUUUUUGAGCUUAAGGCACUCUGGCGGCCUGGCAGCAAGACACCUAUCUUGCGCAGAUUCUAUCGCUUUGGAAGCAUGGAUAUGCUGAUGUCGCUGGGCACCAGCAUCGCCUACUUCUCCUCUAUCGCUAUCCUGGCCAUCGAUGCCUCACAGCCACCCGGUAGCCCUAGGGCUUCUACCGGCUCGUACUUUGAUGCAGUCGUCUUUCUGACUAUGUUCCUUAUGAUCGGCCGGCUGCUUGAGGCCUAUAGCAAGGCCAAAACGGGAAAUGCAGUCAGCCUUUUGGGCAAGCUUCGCCCGACAGAGACCAUACUGGUGGAACCGAUAGAGGCGGGCAGCCCCCGGUGCUUUGUGAAGCCUAACAUAGUCCCAAUCGAUCAACUAGAGUUUGGAGACGUCGUGCGGGUGGCGAACGGAGCAUCACCUCCAUAUGAUGGACUGGUAGUCGAGGGAGAGUCGCAAUUUGAUGAGUCGAGCCUGACUGGGGAAUCGAGACCGGUCUCCAAGUUCAUUGGAGAUGAAGUCUUUUCGGGGACUGUCAAUCAGGCAAACCCGGUCUUGGUCCGUGUUAGUCGUCUUUCAGGCAAUUCGAUGCUGGAUCAGAUAAUCAACGCUGUUCGCCAGGGGCAGAUCCGUCGAGCGCCAAUCGAGCGCACGGCCGACUUGAUUACCGGUUUCUUUGUCCCGGUCGUGACUCUGAUUACGGUGUUAGACUGGCUGAUUUGGUUGGGUCUUGGUGUCUCUGGCCGGUUGCCCGACUCCUGGAAGGGCGACAUUCCGGGAGGCUGGGGUUUCUGGUCGUUGCAGUUCGCUAUCGCAGUCUUUGUCAUCGCAUGCCCAUGUGGUAUCGGACUCGCUGCGCCAACGGCCCUGUUUGUUGGUGGAGGUCUUGCGGCUCGGCAUGGAAUUCUCGUCAAGGGCGGGGGUGAGGCCUUCCAAGAGGCCAGCCAGCUUGACUGCGUCGUCUUCGAUAAAACCGGUACUAUUACUGAGGGUGGUGAGCCAUCUAUUACUGAUCAUGAAAUCAUCGACAUUGCGGAUGCCGAUCAGCUUCAGGGCGCCAUGAGGGAGCUUGAACAGAACAGCAGUCACCCCAUUGCUAGAGCAGUGGUGUCUUAUGCCAGCUCUCAUGAAGCACCGGUCCUCCAGGCACUCAAGGUGGAGGAAAUACCUGGAAAGGGUAUGAAAGGCUCAUUCGAUGCUCUUCGUUCGGACUCGUCUGUUAUGGAAGUCAUUGUGGGCAACGAGGCUUUGAUGCAUGAUCAUGGAGUCGUCAUUCCUUCAGCGAGUGCAGAAAUAUUGACAGCAUGGAAGCACCAGGCUAAGUCUGUGGUUUUAGUGGGACAGAGAAUCCUCCCGGAACAAUUCAGCACCGAAGCAGUCCCGUGGAAGCUCUCCGUCAUGUUGGCAGUGGCCGACGCUAUCCGAAAUGAUGCUAAGGGGACAGUUCAAGCUAUACAGGACCGGCACAUCGCGGUCUGGAUGAUCUCAGGAGACAAUCCAACGACCGCAUAUGCGGUGGGUGGUAUGGUCGGAAUUCCGCCGGAGAACAUUAUCGCCGGCGUUCUACCCGAACAAAAAGCGCAAAAAAUUCAAUAUCUCCAGAAAACUUUGCAGAAGAAAUCGGGAUCCGGCCGGGCAAUUGUCGCGAUGGUUGGCGACGGGAUAAACGAUUCACCCGCGCUUACCGCGGCCGACGUUGGCAUUGCCAUCGGGUCAGGGUCGGACAUUGCAAUCUCGGCCGCAGAGUUUGUCCUUGUGUCUUCUAGCCUUUCCUCUCUCCUUACACUCAUCGAUCUCAGCCGCGUCGUUUUCCGCAGAAUCAAGUUCAACUUCGCUUGGGCCCUAGUUUACAACUGCGUUGCUAUCCCAGUCGCUGCAGGAGUGCUUUAUCCGAUCGUCAGCAAUGGUAGCCACGUUCGUUUGGAUCCAGCGUGGGCCAGCCUCGCGAUGGCAUUGAGUAGUGUCAGCGUCAUAUCCAGCAGUCUUUUAAUGAAGACUCGGCUGCCAAUAGUCGGUUUUAGAUCGGACGAUUGA